UUUUACUUUCAGGAAAAAUAUUGAUCAUCUCAUUAUGUGUGUCUAUAAAGUGAAUGUGACAAAUUAAGAAAUUAAAAUCAAAAUUUAACUAGGUAUUUUACUUUAAACUUCUUGUUCCGAAGAUUUUUGUAUGCAAGUAGGGUAUCUUAAGGUUAUGUGGACUCUUCAAUGAUCAACUAAAUUGGAUUUUUGUAAGCGUUGUGAUUUUCUUUUGGGGGUUGGGUUGCCACCAAGUUGCACAAUGUCAGCUAAGGCAAAUUUGGGUGCUUGCCUAGUGGCUAAGGUUUUCGUUGGUGCAAGUUAAAUGUCAUGAAGUGAUCAACAUACUAAUGAGAUGAUCAAAAUUUUUAAUCAAGACUUCUAAAAUCUGGCAAAUCACUGAUUUAUUCUAUGGAGAUGUAGUUACUAGAUUUUACGAGAUUAAGGAGUAAAGAUACUGUGGAAUGAUUGAAGUGCACAUGAUUAUUGGUUGGAAGCAACUUUGUUAGGGGGAAAACCUGAAGACCUUGAUCACCUUUCUUAGUUUUGUAUUGUCCUUUAACCAGUCUACAUAGUUUGAAGUGCGUUUGUCAGAUGUGUGUGAUUGAUGGUAUUGAUUUGCCUUUAUUUGCAAGGUUUAUCAUUGGUUUCUUUCUUGGUGCCAUUCCCUGGUACAUUGGAGCUUUUCUUCUGCUGUGUGUUCGGGUGGAUUACAGGGAAAAACCAGGACUUAUCGCAUGCACAUUAGCUGCCAUCCUUGCUCUGGUUGCUGUUACUUUGGGUGUGACGAAGGCAACUCAUUCCUGGUGA